AUGAAGAAGUUACAGAAAGAGGUGAAAGAAGUAGCUCACGGAAAACCCAUAAUUACCGAGGAUGAUUUAUCGAAAAUGAUGUACUUACAAGCUGUCCUAAAAGAGGCAUUGCGGUUGCAUACUCCACUUCCAUUAGUCACUUCCCGAGAAUCAACACAAGAUGUCAAACUAAUGCGGUACGACAUUUUAGCUGGUACGCAAGUGAUUGUUAAUGCGUGGGCGAUAGGAAGAGAUCCUACACGAUGGGUGGAACCCGAUAGGUUCCAUCCAGAGAGGUUUUUAAACAAUCCUAUCGACUAUAAAGGGCUUAACUUUGAGUUUAUUCCAUUUGGUGCGGGAAGGAGAAGGUGUCCAGCUAUUCAGUUUGUGAUAGUUGUUAACGAGUUCGUUUUAGCUAACUUGGUGUACAAAUAUGACUUUGCAAUGCCAGAGGAGGUGAAUGGGGAAGAACUUGACAUGACUGAGAUCACUGGCUUUACACUUCAUAGGAAGUCCCCAUUAUUGGUUGUGGCAACUCCUCAUCUAGAUUAG